AUUAUUUAUUAACAUUUCUAUGUUUGACAAUUUAUAAAAAUACAGCAGUUUAAAGUGUGUUACAUCGGAAAAAAUUUUGAAGUUUUGAAUAAAAUGUAUAUUAUAAGAAAUAUGUGUAAGAUCUUUAACAACAAAGAAAAGAAAUAAUAAAGUGUAUAUUUAAUAGUAGUUGUAGAAUAAAGCUUAGUAAAUAUGUCAGAAACACAAAGUGGUUCUAAGCUCCCUGUAGAAAAUUCACUGACUCUGUACCAAAUUAAAGUUAAACAAGAAAAAUUCGAUCCGGAGGUUGAGGCGAAGAUUAAUGCAAUCUCCGCAUCAAAUGUAGUUGUUAAACGUGAAUCUGAUAAAGAAAAUAAGAAUUUUCAGAAUGAGCUUAACCGAAACGAAAUACUAACUGAUUUGGAAGCGAAUGGCAACGGCGAGAGCAGUUCAGAUGAAAAUGAGGACAAAGCAGAUAGUAACGAUGCGGAUUCUAAUCUUACAGAACCUCCUCCAGAAGAAGACAAAAAAUCCAUUGAACCUGCCAAGUCGUCUAACGAAAUACUUGCAGAGCUUUUCAAAGUAUUCAAUGCUGCGCCCCCUGAGGAAUUAUUGGACGAUAAAAGUUUAUUAAAAAAGAGCCGUAAACAUAAGAAACAUAAAAAAGAAAAGAAAAAGAAACUUAAACGUGAAAAGGAUGCAUCUGAAGGAGAAAUAAGUCACUAUGAAAGUGAAGUGGAGUCAAAUGGGAGCGUAGAUGGAAAAGAAAAAAAAUACAAACAUAAGCAUAAAAAGAAAAAGAAGCACAAACAAAAAGAUGAAAAGGAUAAAAAGAGAGACCAAAGCAAGGAAAAAGGUAAGAGAGAUAGAGAAAAAUCGAAGGAGAGGCAGCAAAGUCAAGAGAAGUCUAUAAAUACUAAAAAGGGCAAUUUGAAGUCAACAUCACGAAAUCUUAUUAGAGUAGAUCCAUCAACCAAAAGGCAAGCAGAUUUAAAAAUCACAGAAGCACCCUUUAAAAAGAGCCGUUUUGAAAACGAUCGUUAUUGCUCCCAAGGUACUUCACGUGAAAAAAGUCGGGAUUGUGAUAAGUAUGAGCAGAAUCGAGAUAAAGGUAAUUCAAGGUAUCAAAGUCUUGAAAAAGGUAAUGAAAAGGUUAGAGACCGUAAUCUUAACAGCUUCUAUAAAGGAUGCUCUGAAUAUGAAUCUUCUACGAAUCUAUUGACAAUUAAAAACGAACCCAAAGAUCAGCGACGCAGCGGACGACAAGAUGGGCAUAUGUCAGAAAUUUCUCUUUCGGAUGAUGAGGAGGAUUAUUUAAAGGAACGCCAUAACGACGAUACGCAACAUUGUCGAUUAAGACUUGAUCGCGACAAUGAAAGACCACACAACAGCUUCUACGCAGGAUUUAAACGCAGUCGGAGCCGAGAUCAAGAUAGAAAUCGUAACCGUGAUCGUGAACGAGAGCGCGAAAGAAACUACCGCAGCGACGGAAGAAGCCAUCCAAAGGAGCGAAGCCGCAGCUGUGGUCGUUCGCGCUCCCGUUCACGUGAUUUAGGUAUCGACAAGAAGCGACUCCUCGAAAUAGCUCGUAAAAACGCAAUUAGCAUGUUCAAACGAGGCAACCUGCCUGGUUGUGACAGCAUGUCACAGGAAGUGAAAGACAAAGUGUUGCUGAAAAUGCGCUACGGGGGCAAAACUGUGCAGGACCUCACCGAUUUUUGUAAGAAAAUUUCAAACGGCGAAAAUCUGUCAGAUCUCAGCUCCGACGAAGAUUCUGAUGUGGAUAAGAGUGGCAAUACGAAAGCGUUUCAUCAUCCCUUCCAGCUAAAAGAACGAGAGCCCAUAGUAAUGCAUAUACGAAACGCAACAACAUUACCCUUACGACCUACGACAAGCGAAGCCGUGAAGGCUAUAACAAUGCAGUUUCCCGUUUCCUCAGGACAACAACACCGUAUGACUGAAGCCUGGGUGCCAGUGGCACAAAAAGACGGUUUACCGACUUUACCGGCCUUACCUACAGCAACGCAAUCAACUAAUGUAUUUAAAACCGGUGUUGUUAAGAAUGUAUUCGAGAAAACCAUACCCGAGGAACAACAGGAACCGGCAUUCAAGCCAGUCCAACAAGCAUAUUGCAAUAAUAAUGGAGAAAUAACUAACAAUGCUUUAAGCCCAGUAGAUAACAGUAUGCAAGCAAAAGUAGCUGCAGUGACAUCUAUGCAAAUACCAAAACCGAUGCCGAAGACUGUAGUUGAGGCUGAAGUUAGUAUUGAUCCAGUAGUCACUUCCAAACCCUUCUUUACUUUUCCGCCACCGAGUGUGUCUAUAGUAACAAAUGUGACAAGUGUACCACCACCAUCGUUAGCACAGGCUUUUGUUCCAGAUGUACCAGUUCCAUCAAGUACCGACGCACAUAUCUCUGGCAAUAAAGUGUUUCCUGAACAGUCUGGACAACAAUUUGACGUUUCGAGUAUUAUAUCUAAACGCUUACAAGCAAUGCGCAGAUUACAGGAAAACCCAAUGGAUCCCGAGGCAAUCAAAAUGAUGUAUAACUCUCAAAAAGAUAUGUCGUCAUGGGCCUCAUCAAAACAUUUACCGGGACAAUUUACUGGUAGUACCGGAGCCAAUAUACUUACCAUGCGCGAGUUGACUUCUGGUCCGCAGGCAUGGGCGCGUCGAGAUCAGCUAACAACAUCGCGUCCAGUUAGUGGAGGAAUGGGUAUGCAAUUACUUCAAAAAAUGGGAUGGAAGCCUGGUGAGGGACUGGGCCGGGAUAAAUCCGGGUCUUUACAACCAUUGCUGCUCGAUGUUAAAUUAGACAAGCAUGGAUUAGUUGCGCGAGAUGAUAACAACGGAUAUAAACAAAAGAUUACUAAAAAGCAACGUCCACAAAACGUGGUGCAACAACAAGGUUUAUUGGAAAAACAUCCAGUUUGUCUGUUAAACGAGUUAACAUCAAAGCGCAAGUGGACACCACCUUUAUAUUCGCUGGUAAACGAGGCUGGUCCAUCGCAUAGCAGGAUGUUUUUAUUUUCGGUAUCUAUUAAUGGACAAACUUAUACACCAUCUCAAGGCUCGAAUACAAAAAAAGAGGCCAAAUUGAUUACAGCGCGUCACUGUCUGCAACAAAUGGGAAUUUUACCUGCGUAAACUUAAACAAACAAUUUACUAAAUUGUUGCCUUGUUUUAUUUAUUAUAAUGAGUAACAUUGCACAUGACUAGAUGAAUGACAUGAAUUGUUAAACUAGAUAGAUUUUUGUUUUGCUAUUUUACUUUAUAUUAAAAACAUACUACUUUUUAGAAUUAUAUUAAAGUGAAUUUUGAAUUCAAAAUCAUAACUUAAUAUCAGCAUCAUUAAUAUUUAUAUCAAAAAUUCUGUAUAAAAGUGAACAACUUACCAUUUAAAAGCUAGUGAUAAAAAUAAAUGUGUAUAUAUUUUUUUGAACAAAACAU